AUGACUCAACCUGUCAAGCGCAAGACGCGCAUGGAGGUCAUUGAGGACCUGAUCCAAGCACAAACUGAGGAGAUUCCAGGUCAGCACGUCAUCUUCUUGGACCGUGCCUACGUUCGCUGCCGCAGGUGCAAAGGCUAUGUCCUGGCCAGAACUUCUCAGGAGAACUUCGACCACUGGCUUCACGAGCCAUGUGUGGUGGGACCCAUUCCGGAAGAGCAGUGGCAGGGGCACCCAUCGCACAGGAUGGAAAGGUGCGGCAACAAGGCCUUUUGCACCCGGUGUCACAGCCGCACCAAAGUGCAGGACAAUGAGCCUGAGCUCACGGACAAGCUCCGCCAACGAUGUCAGUUGGCAUCCGGAAUCGUUUUACUCCAUGUGCAGGAGCAAAGGAAGGCACGGCAAGACGGAGCUUCCGGUGGUCCUGGUCCAGGCGAUGAACGCCCGCCUCCCACGGAGGAGGAUCUCCAGCAGCUGCAGGUGUGGCUGGCGAAAUUCCCCCUCGACACCAAGGCGCUCCAGGCCUUGGAAGCCCUGGAUCCACGCGACGCGGUCAAAGCGCUGCAGGAGCUGGAGCAAAAGGGCCCCGGGAUCCGAAAUCCUUCCGCCUGGAUCUGCAAGACCGCGCAGAACCUUCGAGAGAGGUAUGGUGGCAAAGCUCCACCAGAGGAGAAGCCGAACGAGAAGAAAGAGCUGGACAUUGUGGAUCACUAUGGUGCGUUAGAAGUUGCAGAAGAUGCGGAUGAGAAAGAAAUCAAGAAGGCCUACAGGAAGUUGGUGCUCAAGUGGCAUCCGGAUAAGCAUCCGGAAGGCCGUGAAGAAGCCGAAGAAAAGAUUCGUGCUAUCAACAACGCCUAUGAGACCUUGAGCAAUGCCACGAAGCGUGCCACCUAUGACGCUCAACGUCAGGCCUUGCUUCGGCAGCAGCGGGGCCACGGACCCGACCUGCAGGGCGCGCCACGUCAGAGAAUCCCACGAGAGUUCAUGCUCCAACCCAUUGGGUAUCCCGACAAGUUUGUGCGCUACGCCUCUGAACGGGCGAUGUCCCAAUGCGAGGUGACCAGCCGGGCGGACGCUCGCCUCGAUGGGAAGAGUGGUUUGGAUCAGUUCGUGCCCUUCUUCCGGGCUGCGAAGCUCUCGCUCUGGUGGUUGCCCGACGUCAACAACAUGUGCCGCAUCCGGGCGCUGGAAGCUCGCACGCGGUCGAGCGCCGGCGAGAAGGUGGUGGCCGGACGGCCUGGAGGUUUCAACCUGGGCUUCGAGAUCGAAGUCGGUCGCGACUCUGACCUCAAGCUCAUGGAGGCGGGAAAAGGAGAACUUAACGAGAACGUCAAUUUCAUCGUGGUGUCCAGCCCUCUCUACGACAACGCCUUUCGCUUCGAGGCCGCCUUCAAGAAGGGCUACUACUUGGCUUUCCGGCCGCCUACGCUGCUGAGGAUGAUCCCGUACAAUGGUGGGCCGCUGCCCAAAAAGGUGGUCAUCGAUUUCACCUUGGUCGACUUCCAGGCAAUGUUUAAGUUCAUCGACAUUGAAGAGGUGCUUCGACCAGUCAUCGAGAGCAAAGGCGGUUGGGUGCCCCUGGAGCAGGUCAAGGCCGAUGCCAACGUCGUCGCAUAUUUCAACAACAUUUUGCAGAAACCCAUGUGGGAUGAUGAUGACUUUCAGACGUACUUUGAGGGCCACUUCGAGAUGUGGGAGUACCGGACGUCGCCAAAGCAAGCGGUGAGGCUGAAGGGCGUGGACGAGCGCUUGGGCCACGCCCUGGAGCGAGUGAAGGACGCAGAUGAAGCAGCUUCGUUGGUGGUGACGGCCGGAGAAGAACUGAAACGCCUCCAUUGGCGCUACCUGCUGAACGCCUUCGAAGCGUUGAGCUUGAAGUCAAAGAGUGAGGAAAUCUCUGCAGUCGUGGAGCGGAUGGAGGCGCAGCGACGGCUCCUAGGGGCCCUGGGCGGCAUGUUGAGCAUCGAGGUGGACUUCGCUCACUUGGUGCGUUUCGCCCGGCUGCUCUUGAUGCCGGGAUUUGCCAAGGACGUGGCACAGAGGAUUGAAGUGGAGGCUGCUGCCCUGGGCAAAGUCGUCCUGGGUCGCGCCAAGGCCGUCGAGAGCGGUCAGGUGGCCGACGUGGUGAAGUUGGACGACCUGAAGUCGAUCCUUUCCUUGCCAGGAAUGUCCAACAGCGACGUGCUGGCCAGGAUCACGUCUCCUCCUUUGUCCGAGGCCCCCUUAGACCAGAUCCUGGAUGCUGUUGCAUCGGCCAGCGCGGCUCAUGCGCCGGCCUUCGCGCGGGAGGUGACCGGUGCUGUUCUCGACGGGACGGGUGAAACGACUCCCCCUUUGGGGGUCGGGAUGUCGGAGAGAUGA